AUGGGGCAUGUUGUCACACUUUAUGGGUAUGCGGCGUUCGGCUCGCUCCUGUUCAUCCUCAUCUCCAUCUCAACAUUUUGCUUGGAGACACACGAGGCCUUCAACACCAUCUACAAUAAGACAGAGAAUGUGACGGUGGGGAACGUCACUCGGGAGGAGAUUGUGUAUGAGGUAGUGACUGACAGGUGGCUGACCUACGUGGAGGGCGUAUGUGUCAUCUGGUUCACCAUCGAGGUGUUUGCCCGCGUCAUCUUCUGCCCGGACAAGGCUGAGUUCUUCAAGAGCUCGCUGAACAUCAUCGACUUUGUAGCCAUCCUGCCCUUUUACCUGGAGAUGGCGCUGAGCGGCCUCUCUUCUAAAGCGGCAAAAGACGUGCUGGGCUUUUUGCGUGUGGUGCGAUUCGUCCGAAUCCUGCGAAUCUUCAAGCUCACGCGUCAUUUCGUGGGGCUGAGAGUGCUGGGUCACACGCUCCGUGCCAGCACCAAUGAAUUCUUGCUCCUCAUCAUCUUCCUCGCUCUGGGGGUGCUCAUCUUCGCCACCAUGAUCUACUACGCUGAGCGCAUCGGCGCCGACCCGGCCGACCCGACGGCUAGCAAACACACCACCUUCAAAAACAUCCCCAUCGGCUUCUGGUGGGCAGUGGUCACAAUGACAACACUGGGCUAUGGUGACAUGUAUCCAGAGACAUGGUCUGGUAUGUUAGUGGGUGCCCUGUGUGCCCUGGCGGGCGUGCUGACCAUCGCCAUGCCUGUGCCCGUCAUUGUAAACAACUUCGGCAUGUACUACUCUCUGGCAAUGGCCAAGCAGAAGCUGCCCAAGAAGAAGAACAAGCACAUCCCGCGGGCUCCGCAGCCUGGAUCGCCCAACUACUGCAAGCCAGAUGCCUUGGCCAUGGCCACUGCCUCGCCACAGAGGAUCAUGGGUAAUGUGCUGGGCAAUAUGGUGGUCUCUGGAAGCAUGGCAGGAGACUGUCCUCUUGCACAGGAGGAAAUCAUAGAGAUUAACAGAGCAGGUGUGUGUGUGCGAGUGUACCCAUGUGUUUACAUGUUUGUGUGUGUGACGUAUCUUUGCACUAAUAGGCAGGGCCGUAGCUGGGGUUAG